GGCAACGGAACGUAGGAGACGGAGCGGCGUUUCCGGGGGGGGGGAGAUGAUUGUGGGUGACGGACGCGGUGCAACCCGAAAAGUGUCCCCCCAGAUCCCGGAAGUGGCGGGAGAAACCAUGAGCCGACAUCGGAUGCUGUCCACCAUUUUGCUCCAGAUCCAGAAAAUCCACACAACGGAGCAACACCUGAAAUCCAAAACCGGUGCAGAACAUCGCUGGCUGGAGAGACAUUUCCGAGAUCCAUUUGUGAAGAGAGCCAAAAAGAGGAACUAUCGUUGCCGAAGUGCCUUCAAAUUGCUGGAGAUCGAUGACAAACACCACCUCUUUCGGCCUGGGCUGCAUGUCCUCGACUGUGGGACGGCCCCUGGAGCCUGGGCUCAGGUGGCCGUUGAAAGGGUUAAUGCCACAGGAUCUGACCCGAAACAACCUGUUGGCUUUGUCCUUGGAGUUGAUCUUCUUCACCUGUUCCCUCUGGAAGGAGCGGUUUUUCUCCCUCACGCCGAUAUCACGGAUCAGGGCACCCAAGAGGAGAUCCAAACCCUUCUCCCGAAAGGAAAAGCGGACAUUAUCCUAAGCGACAUGGCACCGAACGCAACCGGCAUCCGGGAACUCGAUCAUCAAAAGUUGAUUCACCUCUGCCUGUCCCUUCUGGAUCUGGCCAGAGGCAUUUUGCAGCCAGGAGGGAUCCUGCUGUGCAAAUUCUGGGAUGGCAAGGAGAGCCACCUCCUCCGAAGCCGGCUGUUGCAAGACUUCCAGGAAGUGAAGACCCUAAAACCUCAAGCGAGCAGGAAAGAAUCGGCCGAGACUUUUUUCUUAGCGAAAACCUACCGAGGUGUCUCAAAUGUGCAGCAGAAUAACCUUGAGUAGCUCCAUGCAUUCUGUGGAGCAUCGCUUAGGAUUAAAGCACCAGACACGGUUGCAACAAUAGGUUGAAUUUUCUGUUUGCGGGGUAGUGAAUUACAGAUUGAAAUUUUGCAGGCUGGUGGUGAAGUGGGGUCCUUGGUGGUCUCUGAGCCUGAUGGUUUUCCUCCAGACAUUUCAUGACCCAACUAGGGAACAUCAUCAGUGCAAGCGUCACUCCCUUCUGACACUGAUGCUGUUCCCUAGUUCGGUCAUGAAACGUCUACGAGAAAACCACCAAGCUCAGAGAGAAUCAAGGGUCCUUGAGCUACAAAUAUUCCAUAAACGCUGGAGAAGUUUGUGUACAGUGUUAAUUAUAUGUUGUAUAAAUAAAUAACCAA